AUGGAGGAGCCCUGGCCCUACACUAAUGAUAUGGAUUUAAAAGUCAUAAACGCGUCAAUACUGCGGUCCGGGAGUUCCCGAUACUUUUUAAUGGACUCCCAGCCCAGAGGGCGAGCCAUAGUGUUUGUGGCCACAGAUGGUCUGAUGGAUGAGGCGGACAGAUGGUCGUCCAUCUUCAAACAGCUAGGAUUCCAGUACGACGUGUAUCGGGACGCCACUUGCAUUCAGAUAAGGGAUGUGCUGGAGGUUAUACGGGAUAAGCCAUUCGACGCCAACGCCCUGUUUGUGAUGUUUAUUGGCGGCGGAUAUAAUGAAAAUAUCUGCGGAUACGCUAUGGAUUCGUGGCGUAACCCCACAGAAAGUAUUACAUUAUUCGGACAGGCAUUCAGUUAUACGAUCGCACAACAAGAAAACGACUAGAAACUGAGCAUGGUGUUCAUGAACAUCCAAAAAUCAUUGUGACCGCAUUGGAUAUGACACGAGAUAUAUAUUUUAAUCCGGGUCUAUACAAAAGAUAAAUAAAUGUCAAUUAAAAAUU